GCUGCUCCGUGCUGGCUGUACUGCGCUUCCUUUGUGACUAAAAGUUGGUUUCAUCAGCACAGCAUCGGCUCUCGCUCCGCGCUCAGAGCUCACCGGCCUCGGGACGCAGCUCAGACCUGCAGCCUAUGUGGGGCACGCGGGGCAGCUGUCGCCAUACGUAUAACUCUUAAAUGGAAAAUGUCUUUCUCAAAGGCUGUCGAUGUCCAGUGGUCUGCAGUCCAUGAGCAGUUGACUAGUCCAGGUGUUUCUGCUUCUGUUUCCGUGCUAUGACAGUCGGCCCAAUAUGUCAAGACCUCUGAUCACUAGAUCCCCUGCAUCUCCAUUGAACAAUCAAGGCAUCCCCACUCCAGCACAGCUCACAAAAUCCAACGCACCAGUUCACAUUGAUGUGGGUGGGCACAUGUAUACCAGCAGCUUGGCCACGCUUACAAAAUAUCCUGAUUCCAGAAUCGGUCGGCUUUUCGAUGGCACGGAGCCCAUUGUCCUUGACAGUCUCAAGCAGCAUUAUUUCAUCGACAGAGACGGGCAGAUGUUCAGAUAUAUCUUGAAUUUUUUAAGGACAUCAAAACUCCUCAUUCCUGAUGAUUUCAAGGACUACAGUUUGUUAUAUGAAGAAGCAAAGUAUUUCCAGCUUCAGCCCAUGUUAGGAGAGAUGGAAAGGUGGAAACAGGACCGGGAGAGUGGCCGCUUCUCAAAGUCUUGCGAGUGCCUGGUGGUGAGAGUUGCCCCAGACCUUGGAGAGAGGAUUACACUGAGUGGAGAUAAGUCAUUGAUAGAAGAAGUGUUUCCAGAAAUCGGUGACGUGAUGUGUAAUUCUGUCAACGCUGGCUGGAAUCACGACUCGACGCACGUCAUCCGCUUUCCGCUGAACGGAUACUGUCACCUCAACUCAGUUCAGGUACUCGAGAGGUUACAGCAAAGAGGGUUUGAGAUUGUUGGCUCAUGUGGAGGUGGGGUGGACUCUUCCCAAUUCAGUGAAUACGUACUGAGACGAGAACUCAGAAGGACAUCUCGUGCACCCUCCGUCAUUCGAAUAAAGCAAGAGCCUCUGGACUAAAAUGGACAUGUUUCUUUUUGCAAAA